AUGGAAGGUGUCUUAAGUCCACCAAAACCAUUUCGUUUCGACGGGAGUUCAGACUACGCAAAUAUAAGUGCCAGUUGGACAAAAUGGAGGAAUAGCUAUGAAAUUUAUAGAAAGGCAUGUGAAAUAACGAACAAAGCGGCGAGUGUGCAAAUUAAUAUAUUAUUGCACGUACUUGGCGAUCAAUGCAGAGAAAUCCUAGAUCAAACCAAAAAUUCACUUUUAAAAUGCACUACCGCGGAAGCUGUCUUACAAAUAUUGGAUGGACAUUUUAAUAUAAAACCUAAUGUUACAGUGGAACGACACCGAUUUUUUACAAAGAAUCAGAGAGAAAACGAGACAAUAGAACAAUAUGUUUUCGACUUGCAGAAAUUGGCUCAAACAUGCGAUUUCGGGGCCUUAAGCGACGGUCUUAUAAAAGAUAGGCUGAUAUGUGGCGUAUCCAAUUCAGCUAUUCGGGAACGGCUACUAAGGGAGUACGAUCUAACUUUAAGCAAAGCAUUAGAAAUAUGUCGAGUCGCGAUAGUAUCGAGGGUGUAUGCGGAUAACAUUAAACAGGAGCAGUUAUCAGCAUUCUUAAUCAACAAUAAUAAUCAAGCGGUCGAAAAUGAUGAGAAUAUUUGGAGUGUAAGGCACAGGAGGGAUUCAAGGAGAGGAUAUCGCGGUGGCGUAGGUGGCGUGAGCGCGGACGCGCGCAUAGGCGGACGCGGCGUACGCGGCGGCGCGUCCCGCUCGGCCCAGCGCCCGCCAUGUCGCGCUCGAGGCGAGCGUGCCUUCACGGGUUCGACGCUUUGCGUGAAGCAAUGUGGGCAUUGUGGCAGUGCACAUAAAAAGUUUGAGUGUCCCGCGCAUCGCAAGCAGUGUCUAAGAUGUGCGAAAAUGAAUGACUUUGCCAGAGUCUGUGGUGCUAGUGUAUUCAAUGUCGAGGAGUCUGAUGAGCAGGUAAUAUAUACUGUAAAAUCUAGUAGUGAGUGGAAUGUUAACCUAACGAUUAAUAAUAAGUCUGUUAAUUUUAAAUUAGAUACUGGGGCAGAUGUUAAUAUAUUGCCGUUGCAUUAUUUGCCACAAAUAGGGGUCUCGGAUAAAGAUUUGCUAAAAACAAAUACCAAGUUAUCUGGCUACUCGGGCACCGCCAUAAAAGUAGUAGGGAAAAUCACUUUAAAGGUUUAUUACAAAAGUAAAAUGUACAUGCUAGAAUUUAAAAUAGCAGAUGUUAAGUCUUUGGGGGAGGCCUAUGUUCAGCAGUGGACUUGUGAAGGGCUGUAA